CUGGCGGAGGGACGCGGGCUGGAGCGGAGGCGCGCUCCCGCGGGCCGGCUGCCAGGAGACACCGGGGCUGGGAGGUCAGAAGCCCCCUCGCCAUGCCCGGGACUUCCCGGGCCAGGGGGUCCCUGCACCUUGGAGACCCCUGCCAUCCCAAUGCCUGAGCUCCCCAUCUCUAGCAGCCUGACCUCCUCUGAGCUCCCCCUGAGCUCCCGCGGUGGAGUGGGUCUCCCGGCAUGGGAGGGGUCUCACCCAUCCACGCCCGCACACGCCCUGCCACGCUGUCCCCGCGGCCGCGUGACGAAACUUGCCACGGGGAGGACACCCAAGAUGGCUGCCGCGGGGACAGGCCACGGCGGGGACUGGCGCGAGCGAUUGCUAGGUGGUCCGGUGGCACCGACCCCCACGCCCCUCAAGCUCCUAGCUCCUGGCUUCUCCUCCUGGCGCAGAGGGGGGCUCGGAGAUCAGAGACCACCUGGCCCCUGCCCUAGAACUCGCAAUCUAGUAGGGAAGAGAAAAUGGGAAAAGGUAAUGGGAACAGGAGUGAUCCUGCCCGGAUCUUGCAUUUCCGUGCUCACCGCCUGAGCUUUCCCACUUGUCACGAACCUCUAACCUUCUCAGAAUGACAGUAGACACAAUGCCUACUAAGAGUUUGCAGGUGAUUCAGGUCCGUCUACUUUUACAUUCCUCCAGCCCCGUGAGGUACUUGGCCUUGCCUUCCUAAUCCAGAUGGGGAAGGAAACUGGGGCUCAGAGAGGUUGUGUAACCUGCCUAAAGUCACACAGUUGGUCAUCUGUAGUCUCAGCUUACAUGUUACUUCCUCAGAGAUGCUCUCCCUUGGCUGUGUUGUUUGAAAUUGCCCCUUCAUGCACACAUCCUCUGUUAGAUUACCCCUGUGACUUUUUCCUUAAGAGAAUUUGUCACCAGUUGAAAUUAACUGUUUACUUGCUUGUUUGAUUCUCUGCUUGUGGUCAGGGCCUCUGUUUGUCUUGCUCAUCUCUCUGUUCCCUGCACCAGGGAGACCCUCACUGAAUAUUUGUUGAGUGCCUGAAUGAGAAAGCUCAGUAUGAGUGACUUCAGAGCUCGGGCACUUAACCACUCCAUGGGCAACUGCUUUCUGAAGCCCCAUGGCAUUUUGUUUUUACUUUUCUCAAAGUCAUAAUCUCUCUUCUGCCUCAUCUUCUAGAUUUUUACUUGCGUGUCUCCAGCUUUUCUCUUCCUUUGCCCAUCCCCAGUUUGCUGAGCUGCUUCCAUGUUCCAGGCACUGUAAUAGGUGCAAGGCGGGUAUACAGUCCAGGACAAUGUCUGGAGAACUUCCACCAAACAUUAACAUCAAGGAACCUCGAUGGGAUCAAAGCACUUUCAUUGGACGAGCCAAUCAUUUCUUCACUGUAACUGAUCCCAGGAAUAUUCUGUUAACCAACAAACAACUAGAGGAUGCAAGGAAAGUAGUGCAUGAUUACAGGCAAGGAAUUGUUCCUCCGGGUCUCACAGAAAAUGAGUUAUGGAGAGCAAAGUACAUCUAUGAUUCAGCUUUUCAUCCCGACACUGGUGAAAAGAUGAUUUUGAUAGGAAGGAUGUCAGCUCAGGUUCCAAUGAACAUGACCAUCACAGGUUGUAUGAUGACAUUCUAUAGGACCGCACCGGCAGUGCUGUUCUGGCAGUGGAUCAACCAGUCCUUCAAUGCCGUGGUCAAUUACACCAACAGAAGUGGAGAUGCUCCCCUCACUGUAAAUGAAUUGGGAACAGCUUAUGUUUCUGCAACAACAGGUGCUGUAGCAACAGCUCUAGGACUCAAUGCGUUAACCAAGCAUGUCACUCCGCUCAUAGGACGCUUUGUUCCCUUCGCUGCGGUAGCUGCUGCCAAUUGCAUUAAUAUUCCAUUAAUGAGGCAAAGGGAACUCAAAGUUGGCAUUCCUGUCACAGACGAAAACGGGAACCGCCUGGGCGAGUCGGCAAACGCAGCCAAACAAGCCAUCACGCAAGUAGUUGUCUCCAGGAUCCUCAUGGCAGCCCCCGGCAUGGCCAUCCCUCCAUUUAUCAUGAACACUUUGGAAAAGAAAGCCUUUCUCAAGUCCACGCCUCUCUCCCUUCACGUUCACCCAUGUGAUGUACCUCUUCGCCAGAGGAGUCUGCUCGGGGACCAGGAGGUUCCCAUGGAUGAGCGCGCCUAUUCAGGUUGGAUUAGUUGGCUUCUGUUUGGUAUUUGCUACACCUCUGUGCUGUGCUCUGUUUCCUCAGAAAAGUUCCAUGUCUGUGACAAGCUUGGAGGCCGAGCUGCAAGCCAAGAUCCAAGAGACCCAUCCUGAAUUACGGCGCGUGUACUUUAACAAGGGAUUAUAAAGUAGGGAAAGAAACAUCUUCAGAGGAUCCUACCAACCACAAGUGUGGUGUAGCCAAGUUGGUAAGGAAUAUCCUGGUUCUGGUCGACAGGUGACAGAUACCUUUUAACGAUCCACAUUAGCCUUUUAGAGUCAAGCUGCUACUUAUAGCACAGCACCUGGGGUGGCCUCCCCUUACAUUUGAAUCAUGGUAUAAUUUACAGAAACACCCUUCCUGUAGCUUUUGUAGUCACUGUUUUUUCAAAGACAAUAUCCCAACCCUCACCCAGAGUUUUCAAAAGCACCGCUAGGCAUAGAGUAGAUGUUCAGUAUAUUGACUGUCAGUCAACGAAAAGGAAAUCUGUUUAAAAUACUGAAUUUUUAUCCUACUCUUGUUUCAAAUCAAGGAGAGCUCAGUAGUGAGUUGAGAAAACACAAAAGCUCUGAAGCUAAACUGUAAAAGAAAAUGACUCUUAAAUAUUAAGGACAGUUUACUUUCCUGCCCAGUUCGGGCUGGAGGCGACCCGAAGUAGAUGAUGAGUUCGUUGCAUUUGUAGGAUAAAAGCUCCUUCAUACACCUCCCGGAAGUCAGAGUGAUAGACAAUUGUGAAAGGUCCCUGCUGUCAACAGCUGUAUGCUUUCGUAUUGCUGGUGGAUUUCUUCGGUUGAGGUUGAAAUUUAUUCUAUUUUACAUUCUUAUGAAGAUAUCAAUCUUACCUUGCACUUGUUGACUUUAUAUUCAGUCAUUUAAAUCAACUAAUCAAAUAACGGAAAUGCACAAAUGUCAAAUUUUGGAAGUAUAUUCGAAACCAACGCUGUAUGACUGGGUUGAAUCUGGCGUGUUUGAUUUUUUUUUUUUUUUUAGAAGUGAGAGAACAGUUCCCUCUGCCUACAUGUCUUUUCUUGUCAUCCUCGUAGAUCUCUUUGGCUUUCAGAAAGAUACGGAAAUAAUGUGUAUGUGAAUCAAGGACUCAAUGAGUUUUACUUAAUGUUGUAUAUUACAUUCCACCCUGUUUGAAAAUAAUGAACCCAUGGACCACUGCUUACAUCAUCUGUAGUAUCUUCACAUACAAUAUAUUUAAUGUUAAUAGAUUAUGUUUCAACUCUGUAGAGGUUCAGAGGCAUAUGUGAGGUGGUCAUUUCACUGAGUAUAGACCACUCGAUUCAAUUUGUAAUUCAGAGACUUAUAAGUGGGAAAAAAAUGUAGAAACUAGUUUGGGCAAAUUUUUCCUGACACUGUGACCAGACUGAAUUUCCUCAUAAAGAAAAAAUGGUGUGCCUCGUGUCUGUGUUUCUCUUUUCUCUGAAACGAUGAAUGGACCUGAAGGUUUUGGGCCACUCUGAGCCUUCCUUUAUAUACUGCCAGAAUAUUCUCAUUUAGAUUUCCUGUCUUAAGCCAUUUGAAGCAAAAGAGCUUCCCCAUGACAUUCUGGCCUUGGAUGUCUUUUGUGGCCAUAGAUGCUUCUCUUUAAAAAUGGGUAAAAGCAGGAAAUUCAAGGCAGAGCUCCACGAGGUGCUUAAAGGGCACUUUUUUUUUUUUUUUUUUUUAAAGGGCACUUUUAACAAGAAACUAAAGCCCUUGAGGCCUACCCCACUCGCCCCAGCUAAUCUCAGAAUGCUUACCCCCAGCCAGGUGGCAGCUCCAUGUCCAAAUCUUAACCUUCGUUGAAAAAUUAAUGAAUGCCUGGUUGGAAGAUUGACAAACUGACCAAAAUUUUAAUACACACCAGGAUGAGAUGGCCAAAGGAUCAUUACAAAAGGGAUAAUGAGCCUGGAGAUGUGUCUUUUUAAACAUUAUCUGUUGAAGCUUCUGACUCUUGAUGCUUUUAUAGAGAACUAUGAAUUGUAUAGUUGAAUCAUGGUUUAUAAAAAGGAACAAAAUGAACCAAGAUUGGCGAUCUUUGCUGAUCUCUUAGGAAUACCUCUUCUGGAGAAAAGUUCACACGAAGUGCAAUAUGCUUGUAAAGGUAAAUAGUUAUUAAUAUUUCUAGCAACAUGAUAUAAAGAAUUAUGACUGUAAGUAUUAACCGACUGGCAGCUUUUUUUCAGUAUUAGCACAGUGUCUGGCCAGUGUUGGAGUCGAUGUAUUAUUUCAGUUCAACUGGAUGAAAUGUUAAAUAAACUCAGAAUGAAAAAAAA